GUCUCUAUGUUUUUAUUGUUUAUUUUUUAUAAAUAGUUUUACAAAUUCUUUGUUCUUAUUUGUAUUGCUGUCCUCUGCUCUCUGUCAUAGUUAAAUGUUAUCAAACAUAGAGACUUGUAAACCCUGCACUGGGCUAAUCAGCCUCACUAUUACAUCUGUCAUCAUGUAUCGCUCUACGAGACAUUUUUAUGACCUUUCACAAAAUUAAAUUGUUUUUGCUCAGCUGGCAAUUACACUCCCGUUAUCAGUUCCUAAACUGGCGACUCGUAUGGCCGCUUCUACACCUAGAAAGUUUUUUAGUUUUAUUAAAUAUACACCAAGAACAAAGAAAUUCAUCUGUUUAUUGUGCGGAAACAAAACUGAGGAUAGUAAUUUAAGAAGAAAGUUAUUCCAAGGAUCAUCUAAAACAGAAUACUGUGUAUUAAUUGAAAAAUACUUGCACAUUGACAUUAAUCCAGAUACCCAUACAGACACAGUGUGCCGCAAAUGUGCAAGAGAAAUUAAUAAAGUGAAUGAAACUGUUUUAAAACUGAAGUCUAAUUAUGAGCGGACAAUAAGUAGCCUUUUAGAAUCUCACGGACAGGAAACAUCAAAGAGAUUAGCAUCACUAGAGCCAGAAACAUCUGUGAAGAAGCGGAAUUUGUUUCCAGGUGAAUGUCAGACUGGAUCUGAAGAUAUAGACCAAUAUUUUCAACCUUUCUCUGAGACUGAUGACUACAAGGAAAAUAAAGAUUCUUCUCAAAACCGUGAUGCAAAGCUUGUCCAGUUAUUAGAAUGUGGAAACAUAAAGGAAUUUUCAGAAGAAAUUUUCCAAAUUCCGAAUGUCCUUGAAUGUCUAAAAAAUAAAAUUUACCAAAUACUACAAUCAGAAAUAAGAAAUAUUGUUUCAAAGGGCUUCAAUUCUGUGCUUAGAAGAAAAGAUAAGCAGGCUGUGCAGUCAUUUUCCUUAGAAAAAGUUUUAAAAGAAUGGCAGAAAGAAGCCCCAGUAUUCCUCGAAAUCCUGGAAACAAUAGUGUCCAAUCCAUCACAAACAAGAAACAAGUGUAAAAAAGAUGACGCUUUACUGCCGGGUAUUGUGUCAGUGGGAUCAAAGUUACUGAGUAUCCAUAAUCAAGAGCUUAGUCUCUUUCAACACAUCAAUAGCAUCAUAUUGCUGAAAGGAGGCUGCAAAAAGUCUACUUUUCGAAGGUUAAAUUCUACUUUUGAUUGCUUGUCAUAUCCAGCAACUUUAGCAUUAGCAGAUCGCUAUGGGGCAGACUGGGAUCGAAAUAUUAGAAGUUGGCAAGUUACUGUUGAACAGGAUAGAGAAACUGAAGAUCAAUUGAUGAACAGUGUGCAUGUUUAUGAAGAAUUAGUAAGAGUACAUCAGGAUGUUGAUAGAGACCCUGAGUUCACACUUGCAUUAUCUAGUGCCAGACAAGAUCUACAGCAACAUCGAAAAAACAUGCACCCAGGAUACUAUUUUGUUGGUGACAAUGUAGAUUUGAGAACAAAAGUUAGGAAUAUGACCAUUACCAACCAAAACAAAGAUCAGCACAUGUUCCAGAUCUGUGCCUAUGAAAAUCGAGUUUCUGGAAACCAUCUCGAUAACAGUGGACCCAAGACCAACAUUGACACAUACAAUUUCAAGAACUUGAUACCGGGUGAACAUGAGAAAAAAUGUUUUUUAUCUGAAGCAGCUUUCUUAGUGGCACAGCAAUGGUCAAAGUACAUUCCUCAUUUUUUGCCAUACAUCAAUGUUCUGCCAAAAUACAUCAGUCAUGAGUAUCUCAAAGAAAUGAAAACUCGAACCAACAGGGCAAGUAGACUUUUCUACAUUUUCAGCAUAGAAAAAGUUUUAAUUGUGUGCAAUGAACCAUAUAUUUUCCAGAUCAACCUGGGAGUACUUAUGAAAUGUGAGCAGUACAAUGAGGAUAUGACAGAUAUUUGUGAAUUUCUACACACUUUCGUUCCUGGACAUGAAACAAAUGAUAACUGGCAGAAGAAACCUGACAAAGUAUUAAGUGGGGGUGACUACCUCACAUUUGAGCGCCACAAGCAAGCCCAAUCUUCAAAACGAAAUGGCCGUACCCCCUCUAAGCGUUUGCAGGGCCUAAUUCCAAAAAUGGAAGAGUUUCAUAACCAAGCUGAAUUGCUAAAGGUAAUAUGGUCCCUACUAUAUAACACCAGUUCUGCCCGCAACCAAGGAACUUUGUAUGCUGCAAGAAAUACUUUGAACUCGAGGAAUGUCACUCAACAUUCGUCUCAAGACUUUUAUGCCUGUUCUGACCUGGUAGAAAAAGUCACAUUAGCCUACAUAGUUACUGGAGGUCUUGAAUACUUUGGAAUGGACACCUUGAACACAGUCCCAACCAAAAAUAUGUAUAGCGGUGCUAUUGGUGACAAGAAAGAGAUGUGUGAAUAUAUUUUAGACCAUGCAUCUGAAUUUGCAAAGCAGUUCUGUGUUCCUGACACACCACUUUUGCCAGAGUAUGGUCCCCAAUCAUUAUCUUUGAUAUGUCGUUACUGCAAUAAGGAAUAUAAGCGCCCGAAAUCUCUACGAAAGCAUGAGGCGACGGUUCAUGGUCAUCCGGAUCCAUUGUAUGGAGAUGCUAAUAUAACAGAAAUUACGACACAGACCUCAGAAGAUGGAGUAUUCAACUAUACACGAUUAAUGUUGAAUCUGGGGCUACUUAGAAUGAACCACAACGAUGCCAUUCGUAUGGGAGAUGGUGAGCGUAUAAUGCGAAUAAAUCCGAAGUAUGCUUAUGGGCUUUUAGAGACAAAAGCUCAGACAAACAUGCUUUUGACGGAAAGGAUGGCACAUAGAUUGAUAUGGAAUCGAACUGUCAAUCACCGAGGAUAUUUCGAUUGA